AUGGUCCUGUUCAUCGAAACAACGGAUGGAAGAGAAUGGCCUUCGUAUGCUCCAAAUGACCUCAUCACUGGAGUUGUGAGGCUUCACACCGAUAAAGAUCUCAGCCCAUGCGAGUCGCUCUACAUCACUCUGCAAGGGCAAGCUCGGGCGUCUCUGACACAGCCAGACGACGGCUUCGUUCGCCAUAAUAUUGCUGGAGACCAAUCGUCUCGGGCUCCUUUGAUCAGAAAGUCUGUCCUUCUGGCCCACAGCACAGAAUUGAAAUCUCCCGGUAAUCACUGCUGGCCUUUCUGCUUCAGGCUUCCCUCACACACCGACAGCAGCAUUGACUACGAUGGUGCUAAUCGCAAUGGUAGCUUCGAAUGCUUGUCCCCUUGGAGGGGGUCUAUCGACGCAGGGUAUCAACCUCUCCCGCCUACAAUGGUCUACUUCGACCACACUGGCUUCAAUUGUGCCGUCGAGUAUACACUUGUUGCGAGACUAAUUCGUCCACCGUUUACACUGCUGUCUUCACACAUUAAUAUGAGCACGACUAAAACUCUCACAAUACACUCAGCACCUGCUUCACCAGGGACUCACAUAAGCGAUGCCAUGCAGACGGUCAGUUGGGAUGCUGUCCUGACCAAAGGCAAUCAGAUAUGGACCAAAAUUCGGCGUCAUAGUUCCUCACAAGGCCACCCAUCUCUUGAGCCCCAGACAGGCCAACUCCGUCUUGAACUCGUCUUCCCUACCAUCAUUCACUUGUGGAAGACCGCACCAAUCCCCAUUGUGUUCAAGGUCAACUCUGCGGACGGCACCCAUCUUGAUCUAGAUCAAUUACUGAUCAAAAAAAUCUCGAUUCACCUCGUUGUCUGCACGAUGGCUCGCGCAGGUCUGCGACAACAGACCCGGACCACUAUGAUACCGCUCUACGAAGACAGCUUCACCAUUCCUUUGACGCACGACAGACCCGAGAAGGAUCACCACGGUGUGACCAGCCCCCAAGAUGGCGCUUCAGCUGAAUCAAUAGCAGGCUGCAAUCUCAACACUGACGCAACGCAGACCGGUACAAUACUACGCCAGGCUCUGCGUAAGCAUGGCAUCGUGCCCGAGUUCUCCACCUACAACAUCUUCCGUGCCUACAGCCUCCAGCUUUCCGUGCGUCUACGUGCGGCCGGCCAGAAGUUCACUUUUCGUCGCAAGGAGGUUCCGAUUUCGAUACCGAUGAAGGCUUCUUUAGAGAAUGCAUUCCAACUGCCGCCUCCAUAUGACGCUCCUAUGGAUGCAGCAUGGGCGGCCGACGGUCCUAGAAACCAGGUAGAUGUAGCAGAUGAGCAGGUUGUCUGCCUCGAGGGGCAGCCCCCGGUCGGCGUGGACCAGCUGCCACCUUACACCCGACGCAGAGGGCCGAUAUCUGCAUGA